GUUGACGGGGGCUUUUAUGUUUUCGAGUCUCAUACUCGGCGCCAGGUGUUCACUGGGCUUGGUGUUGCCUACGGCCUGCUCUGUCGGCCACACCGGGACGCCAAUCUUCCCAGCGCAGAAAGGGGGAAUCGAGUCAUUCUCUUGCCUUGUCUCAUUUACCGUUGUUCUGUCUCCUCGAUCCGCCGUAAAACACCCACCACCACGGUUCACAGCUGCAGCCUGUCACCCCCUGUAAUUUUGGCCCUUGACGGUAGAUAUCCAUAGCAAUUCUGCGAGCGAUAGUCCGCCGGCAGCAUCGUGUAA